AUGGAAUUAUCGAGAGGAAAGGUGGUUAUUGAAAAAAAUGUAAAUGAAUAUACUAUAGAUGAAAAUGUAUUUUUUUUUGAACCAAAUAAAGAGGAUGUAUAUGAUAAAAAUUUAAAUUUAAGAUAUAUUUUUCAUAACACUUUUAUUAGUACGGAAGAGGAAAUAGCUAUAUGUGAAUUUAAAAAAUAUUGUAAAAAUAAAUCAUUAAAAAUAAAUAAAACAUAUUUUGAAAAUGAAUGCUUACGAUAUUUGUAUUCGGCACAAUUUGAUUUCGCAAAAGCAUUAGAUUUAAUUAAAAGUAAUUAUGAAUUCAGAGUUUCUAAUAUAUUGCCAAUAAAAGAAAAAGAUGUAAUUGAUUAUAUAAAUAAGGGGGUUAUGUAUUGGCAUGGAAGAGAUAAAAAGUGUAGACCCAUAUUGAUAAUAAAUUUAUUAAAUGUGGAAUUAUUAAAUGUUGAAAAAUUAAUAAAUUUGUUUUUUUUUUGUUUUGAAUUUUUUUUAAAAUAUUUAUGUAUACCAGGAAAAAUAGAAAAUUAUAUAUCAAUAAUUGACUGUUCAGGUAUAUCUAUAUCAAAAUUUCCAAUGUCUACAUUUAUGAAAUUAAUUGAGACUAUGAACUCAAAAUAUAGGUGUAGGCUAUUCAGGAUGUAUAUAAUAGAUGCUCCCAAAUUAUUCAAGACAUUUGGAAAGUCAUUUUUAAGCUUUGCACCAAAUUAUAUGACAAAAAAGUUAAAAAUUUUAGAUAAUAAUUAUUCAACAUAUUUAAAAGAAGAAAUAUUAGAAACACAAUUAGAAAAAAAAUAUGGAGGUAUUCAAGAAAUAAAAAAUAAUAUGUAUUAUCCAUUUUCUUUUUAUCCCAACUGUUAUGUAUUAAAAAAAGAUGAAGAGAGAGGGAAAAAAGAAAAAAAGAAAGAUAUUCAUUUAGACAUUUUUAAUAAGGUAAAUAAAAAAAUAUAUGAAAUUUUAACUACAGGUUAUUCUAUGCACUUAAAAUUAAUAGAAAAUGAUAAUAAAGAAUUAAUGAAACAGCACAGUAAUCUUUUAAAUGAAGAAUAUUAUUGCAACAAUAAUAAAAAAAAAAAAAAAAAAAAAAAUUUAAGCAAAAAAGAUCUUUUUUUAAAUAAAAGUUUUAUUAAUUCAGUAGCCAAUGUAGAAUAUUAUAUUAUCAACAAUAGCUUUCUAAAGAAUAAUAAAUAUAUUAAUUCAAAAAAUAAAUAUAUUGUUAAUAUUGAAAGUUUCCACAAAUGGCUUUUUAAAAUAAAAUAUUUAUUUUUAUCAAAUAUAACUAUAAACUAUUUAACAAAUCGGUUUCCUUUUUUAGUAAAUCAUCUUAUUAUUAAAUCUAAUUUUAAAUCAAUGCAUGAUUAUUUUAAAUAUAUAGAAUCUAUAAUAUGUACAAAGGAAUCAAGUCAGUAUAAUAAUAAUAGUAGCGUUUGUCAUAGAAAUUCUAUAACACUAAAUUCAACAUAUGAUAGUUCAUCAUUUAACAUUGAUGAAGAAAAUAUCAAUAAUUUAAAUAAAAAUAAAUUACUUAAUAAUUAUACUAAUAAUAACUGUAUAAAAGAACGCAAAACAUCUAUAUCAAAUGUUUACAUUUCUAGAGUAAAUAAUAAAAAACAUGAAAUUAAAGAUACAAGAGACAAUAAUAAUCUUGAUGGUAUUAAAAAAGAUGCAAAUUUAAAUGAUGCAAAAAUGGUUGAAAUAAAUAUUUACAAUAGUUGUGCAUCUAUUUUUGAUAGCAAUGUUAAAAAAUUAUCAGAUAAAGGAGAUACAAUUUCAAAAAAUAUUCAUAAAAACAUAAAUAAAAAAGAUAUAAAAGGAAAAACAAAUUCAUACUGUAAAAUUAAAGCAACUAAAAGUUUAUUCCAUGAUGAAAUAGAUAAGUAUGAGAAACUAGAAUAUGAUAAAAAAAGUUAUUUGAAAAAUUUAAGUUUAGAUUGCAAUGAAUAUAAAACAAAAAAUGAAUUUAAUAAUAUAGCUAAUAUAAAUUAUGGAGAAAACCUAAAUGUGGAUGUGAAAAAUGAACAUAACAAUAAUGAUAAUAAAAAUAAUAAUAAUAAUAAUAUUAAUAGUUUAAAUAGUAUUAAUUCUGAUGGUAAUAUAAGUACAAAAAAAUCUAGUAUUAGUAUUAAAUCAAUUUUACCUAAAAGAUUUGAUUAUGCUUUUUCGAAAUCUAAAAAUAAUUCUAGUACAUCUAUUAGUACAAAGUUCUCUAAAAAAUCAUAUGAUAAGCUUUAUGAAGAAUAUAAAUAUGAAGAUGAAAAUUUAAAUAAUCAUUUAAACAAUAAUGAAUUUCAGAAUAAAGUAAGUUUUUUUAGUCGUGUAUCAUCGUCUACUGGUAAUGUGACAAAUAUUAAUGAUGAUGAAUUAAUUAACGAAAAUAAAAAAAAUAUGAAUUUCUUACAAAAUAAUUCAAAUGAAACCAAUAAUAUAAAUAAUAGUGUGACUGAAAAAAAAAGUAAGAGGAAAUUAAAUAAAAUUAAGAUUAUAGGUUUGCAAUUUUUUAACAAACAUAGUAACAGAAGUUAA